UCCAGACAGCCGCUGCUGUGCAGAAGCCAAGGUACCUACCAGCAGGAGCUGCCACCGGGAGCAGGCGUGGGCAAAAGAAUGGAGGCCCUCAACGUUACCAAUCCCAAGCCUCACACCAACAGCAGCGACAACCUUGUGUCCGUGCGGCAUGACGCGUUGUCGAGGCUCCUCAACAUCUUUCUGUCUGUGCACCUGCACUCGGGAGACAUCGAGCAGCCCGCCAAACGGUGGCUCGAGAAGGACCCAAACGACACGAUCCGACUGUUGGCGACGCUCAACGACUCGUCAUCCUCGAUAGCGCCGUGGUCCUCUUCUCCCUCCGCCAUCCCGGUAGAGUUCGGGGCGCCCGUGCAAGUAGCGACCGCAGCGCCCCGCGAGGAUGUCGAGUUGCUCCUGUCGGUGAUGCUGACCACCGCGUGCGUCUUCCUCUGCUUCCUCCUCCUGCUGACCGUCAAGUGCUGCGCCAAUCUGUGCUGCAUUGACUUGCUCUACUGCAUCGCCCACUGCGGACGCCGACCACCCACAGUGAAGCCAGACCCAAAGUCCGCAGAGCCUGUCGUCCUACGAUUGCUGCCAGAUCGCGCCUCGUUGGAGCGGCUUCUGCGCGAAGAGGACAGCGCCAAGAAGAAGGCGGGCCCAUCACGCUUCGAAAAGAAGACGUUCUACUUGCACAGCGUGUGAAACACAGCGGCCGGGCAUUGAGGAUCGCGCACCUGGAACGGAGGGACAGCUCUA